AUGUCGUUAAUCACCAUAGCAAUCGGUCAGGGGGGACUUGGCUUACAUUCUGCAUUUAUGCAAUAUGCCGCAGAUUAUAUUGCAGAAUUGAGGGAUGCUCCCAGUGACAAGGCGGGCAUCGAACAUAAAUCUAAAACCGAGUUUGCAACAGCCUUGGACAUGUCCUACUUCGGGGGGAAAAGGGAAACGGAAGAGGAGACCCUCCUCCCUCGUAGCAUUGUAAUGGCUACGGGCACCGAUGUAUCCGAAGCAUUAUACAGGGUGCAGCAUGGCGAGAUCGCAAAACACAGCAUGAUCAAUAAUAAUAGGAAUAGUGCCAAAGGUGCAUCAAAUUCUAGUUCCAGGGGGUGGAAGUAUGAGGAGGACUACGUUCUACAUUUGCCAGAAGCCUCACAUGAUGUCUGGUCACGAGGGUUCACUAACGCUACCAUACAUGAAGAAAGCAUUAGCGAAGUCAUACGCAAGUGUAUGGAAGAGACAGAUGCUCCUGGAGGUUUUGUUUCUUUCGUGAGUUUAGGAGGAGGUUCAGGCUCAGGCAUAGGUGCAUACGUCGCUAGGCUUCUUUCGGAUCAAUUCCCGAAGAUCAUUCAUAUGCCGGCAGCUAUUGCACCUUUCACAUAUGGGGAGUCAGGAAUGCAAUCUGUAAACACAACUAUGGCCUUGUCAUACUAUCAGGACUUUUGUGAUGGUAUCCUGUUGCUACAAAAUGACAUUCAAGCAUCGUUAUGCGCCAAAGUCUUUGGCGUUGGUGGCAAUUCAUUCGACUGCUUGAACAUGUUAACCGCUACCAAUAUCUUUCACGGUCUGCGACCAACAUCUAGCACCUGCCCCAUAUCGGGGAGCGUGCGUUUCGGCAACUCCCUGAAUUUCAUAACAGACGGUCUUUGCAGUUAUCCAUCUAUGAAGAUCCUCAACCUAGAUCUGUUGCCACUGGAGCGCUUGGAUGGGGUCAAGAAAAACGCUGUCAGCAUACACCAGAUUGCCAGCCAACUGGCGGACAGGUUGAAAGCCGAUCCAACCUUGGUUGAGGGUCUAAAUAAUGAAAAGGUGUCGCUAAUAGCAAAAGAUUCAACUCCUCAAGACCCCGGCACUGGCGCCAAACAAAGGGGAUCCCAGGGAUUAAAAGAGCAAAUCAUUAUAAAAGAUUUUAGCAACUACGAAAAGACCGAAAUUAGCCAAUCGGAUACAAAGGAUUCUUUCAAAUGUCUGAGACAUCUACCGGUUAAGUCCCCUGAAUGUAAACAUAUAGAAAUAACUGAAAACGGAAUUUCGCUUGUAGACACUCCCAGUGCCGAAGCGAAACAAACAACUUCCAACUCGUUCAAGUUGAUCAAGACGGUGGGAAAGAAACGUACGAACGUCACCAAGUUCAAUGUAGUAGCAGGCGUACAGGUGAAUAUUGGUGGUCAUAUUAACGAGAAUGUGAAUCUGGUUGACCUAUAUCAAGAUGUCUUAUUUUGGAAGCAAUCCACGCGUCCGUUACAGGUAUCUUACUGCCCUAGUGAUGUGGGUUUGCUGGGGAGCACCAUGUCACAGAUAUCUAACAGCCAGGCGGUAGUACCAUUUCUGGAUUUCACGGUUACAACCGCGAAAAUGUGCUAUGCCACAAAUACAUACAUGCACAAAUUUAAUGAAGACGGAAUAUCGACGGAGGAGCUGCAGCAUGGGAUUAUAAAUCUGCAAGAGUUGACGGGAUCCUAUAAGGCAAUGAGCAGCUUGCCUUAG